AUGGCAUCGACACCCCAUGUCUGGCUGAUUACAGGCUGCUCAGCUGGUUUCGGCAUUUCAAUUGCUCGUGCAGUCCUUGCCCAUGGACAUCUUGUGGUUGCAACCUCUCGGAAUCCGGCGAAAACACCAGACCUGGUUGAAGAGAUCACACAAAAGGGUGGGCACUGGUUGACGCUUGACGUGACAAGCCCCGAAGAGGAUAUUAAAAAGGUGGUCGAGAAGGCCCGGGAUCUGUAUGGUCAUAUUGAUGUUGUUGUCAAUAACGCGGGCUUUGCGGUAGUCAGCGCACUAGAGGACGUCGACGAAGCGCUCGCACUCGAAUUGUCACCUUUCGGCAUCAGAGUUCUUUUAGUAGAGCCCGGAGCAUUUCGAACCAAUUUCCUUGGACAAAAUGCAGUCUCUUACCAGCCACCGAGUGAUCCAUACCUCGGGACAGCCGUCGAGAAAACCCAGCAGUAUCUCCAUAGCGAGAAUGGAAAGCAACCUGGUGAUCCAGAAAAAGCGGCAGAAAGAAUUUAUGAAGUCGUUAUGGGAGAAGGAAUGGCUAAAGAUAAAAAACAGUAUCUUAGGUUGGUUUUGGGCAACAAGGCUUAUGAAAACGCUCGUCUUAAAGUUGCCGACCUUUCGGAGAACUUUCUCGCCUUGGAGGACAUUUCUAGAAGUACGGACUACUAA